CCCUGCUUUUUGCUUCCAUACUUCCUUCCGAGCAGCUCCCGCGCGCCCCCUGCCGGCGUUUCUUCCUCCGUCCGCGCGCUGCCUGCUCUAAGCCUCAACCGUCUCAGUCAGCCAACGCGGCUCUAGGUCAGCGGAGCCAUGUUCCUUCUUCUGGUCCUUCUCACCGGCCUCGGGGGACUGCACGCAGGCCUCAGUCCUCAUAAAACAUUUCUGCAUACCACAGUUCCUGAGAAGAUUUCAUCAUCUGAAGCAAUAAAAAAUCCAGAAAAUAAUGUUGCUUAUAUCAUUACAAUAGAAGGAAAACCAUAUUUUGUCCAUCUCAAAAAGCAAUUAUUUUUAUCUUCAGCUUCUGUUGUUUAUUCUUAUGACAAAAAUGACAUCCAACAUUCUCAACCUUUGUCAGCUCAGAUGGAUUGCAGUUAUCAUGGAUAUAUUGCAGGUUUUCCAAAUUCUCUCGUAUCGCUCAACACUUGUUCAGGACUCAGGGGAACAUUGCAGUUUAAAAACUUCUCAUAUGGAAUUGAACCAGUGGAGACUAUUUCAGGAUUCAUGCACAUGAUUUAUGAAGAAAAAAAUAAUAGCACUGAUAUUCCUCUGUUAUGGAACAAUGACAUUAACAGCUAUGAGAGGUUACAAUAUCAAGUCAGAAAAAGUUCAGAAAAACCUGACUAUUUCAAGUUAUUCCCCCUAUAUCUUGAUAUGUAUAUUGUUGUGGAUAAAAAUCUGUUUGAUUACAUGGGCUCUGAUAUAAAAAGCGUAACACAGAAGGUUAUUCAGAUCAUCGGCUUUGUUAACACUAUGCUUACCCAGUUAAAACUGACUGUUAGAAUAUCUGCCAUAGAUAUCUGGUCAAAUAAAAACAAAAUUUCUACUGCAGGAAGUCCUGAUUAUGUAUUAUAUAAAUUUUUGGAAUGGAAAUACAGAUUUCUCUUUCAACCUCAUCAUACUGCAUACUUACUUGCCUUCAAGAAGCAUCCUGUGUUUAUAGGAGUCACACAUCCUGGAAAAAUAUGUGAUAAGAGCGAUGCCGGAGGAGUUGCUCUGCCAAAGCCUGAGGAAAGACCAUUAGCAAUUGUUCAAAUCUUCAUCACUAUUGUUAAUUCUCCUGAAAACAUGCUGAAUAAUAUUCCAUUGUCCGAAGCAUGCCACAGUUUAUCUCUUCGCUUACUGAAGGACAUCAUGGAUGCUUGCAAGUGUUGA